UUGUUGUUUGUACUGCAAUAUGGUAAAGCAUUGAUCAACCUUACCUUAAAGUCUGUAACUUAUAAACAAACCAUCUCUUCUGGAGACUAGGUUUUUGGUCUGCUGCAUAUAUAUAUAUAUGGGUUCUGGAAAAUGGUUUAGAGCAAUCAUCAACCUAAAGAGAUUGAAGAUCAGACUAUCAAAGUUGCAGUCAGUAAUCAAAAACAGGAGAAGAUAUCACGGUCAGCAGCUGAAUGAAGACAUUGCUGCCACGCGAAUUCAAGCCGCUUUCAGGGGAUAUAUGGCGAGAAAGGCUCUGCGUCGUCUAAGAGGGACAAUGAGAUUUCGGGGGAUUUUGAUUGAUGGUUGUUACUAUAACCAGCAAGUAUCAGCCACUCUGAAGCAUAUUCAUUCCUGGAGCAGAAUACAGUCAGAGAUGAAGGCUCGUCGCCUCUCCAUGGUCACUGAAGGGAGGCUCAAGCAGAAGAAAAUUCAGAGUGAAAUUAAACUGCAGGCUAAGCUUCAUGAACUCGAGGUGGACUGGAGUGGCGGGUCAGAAACGAUGGAGGAAGUUCUUCAAAGGAUACAGCAGAGGGAAGAAGCCGCAAUUAAAAGGGAGAGGGCUAUGGCUUAUGCAUUUUCUCAUCAGUGGAGGGCGAGUUCGAGUCACUAUUUUGGUCAAGCCUAUUAUGAUUUGGGGAAAGAUAGCUGGGGAUGGAGCUGGACGGAGCGGUGGAUAGCUGUUCGUCCAUGGGAAACCAGGGUUGAAGCGAAGCCUGUGAAUUCGAAGAAGGAAGGUAAUCAAACUCCAAACUUGGGACCUCUGAAACUACUUGUUUCACAGAAAUCUCCACUGAGAAAUGUUAAGAGUUCUGCAAAAGCUAGAAAACUGCCUGGCCAUAAUGCCGGGAAUCAAAUCCCUAAAGAGACAGAUACUUGAGCCAGUCAAGUUCAUCCUUCCUUAUACUCACACAAAUCAAAGAAUGCAUCAAUUCAGUCUCGACAGUGUUCCAUCUGGUUUUGUUUAUUCGGUAAUGGUUAACAAAGAGAGUGGUUACUUACUUGUGUCUAUAGCAAGAGGAAAAACAGCAACAAACAAGAAAAAUUGUUUGGCUAAUUACAACACUUAUAUGUUGUGAAUAGCCAUAAAAUAAUCCUUAUCUGUGCUGUCCUAGUACCUAAGUACUAUGAUUCUGAACAACUAAAAGGACCUAUUGAUGAUGAUGCAAGAAAGGAUACAAACUUGAAUUCUUGAAAUAUAUUUUGUUCUAUUACAUGUUA